GUGGACGAGAAGCUCUCGCAGCCCUAUGCGGCGUUCAUUUCGCCCAUGGAAGGCGAGUCGUUCGAAUUAGUGGUAAGUGCCGGCCGAGGCAAUGGAGCAGGGGCCCUGCGUCUGCUGGCGCGAUUCUGGGACCCCACAAGCGGCGGUCGCCGCCGAGUGCUGCUCACGAAGAUCAUGGCGCCCAGCCAGGUCGCGAAGCUUGAGAACUUGGCCGGAGAUAUCGCGAAGUGGGAAGAGCUGAUCAGGCGCCGCGAGAGGCGACGAGCCGACGGGCGAGACGCACGCCUCGACGAUGAG